CUCUCCCUGCCCCGUGCUGCCCGUCCCCAUGGAGCCCAGAGACCCAGGAUGCACAACAGAGCGGGCCUGGACCUCUUGCCUGACGGGCUGGCAGGUGGGCUCACCCAGCCUGGCCUGCCCACUGGCUCUUCACUGUAACCUCAGGACCCUGGUGCCACAGCUUUGCCGUGCAGCGCUCGCACACGAGUGUGAGCACGAGUAUGAGCUCGCGGGGACCCUUGAACACUGCAAUACGGCCUGGCUCACCCUAUCUGGGCCCACCCACUGGCCGUCCCCAUCAGAAGCCACCACUGCCAUGUCCGGCCUGGCUCUGCUGGGCCUCUCGGUUCUGCUGGGCCUCGGGGCAGGGGCCCCGCUGUGUCUGUCCCGGCAGCUCAGGAUGCAGGGGGACUACGUGCUGGGGGGGCUCUUCCCCCUGGGCGCCGCCGAGGACACGGGUCUGGGCCCCAGGACCCAGCCCAACACCACCCUGUGCACCAGGUUCUCAUCGCUCGGCCUGCUCUGGGCACUGGCCAUGAAGAUGGCCGUGGAGGAGAUCAACCGGGGGUCGGCCCUGCUGCCCGGCCUGCGCCUGGGCCAUGACAUCUUUGACACCUGCUCGGAGCCCGUGGUGGCCAUGAAGCCCAGCCUGGUGUUCAUGGCCGAGGCGGGCAGCUGCGACAUCGCCGCCUACUGUGACUACUCGCGGUACCAGCCCCGCGUGCUGGCCGUCGUCGGGCCCGACUCCACGGAGCUCGCCCUCAUCACCGGCAAGCUCUUCGGCUUCUUCCUCAUGCCUCAGGUCAGCUAUGGGGCCAGUGCGGACCAGCUGAGCAACCGGAAGGCCUUCCCCUCCUUCUUCCGCACGGUGCCCAGCGACCGCGUCCAGGUGACCGCCGUGGUGGAGCUGCUGCACGCGCUCCAGUGGAACUGGGUGGCCGCCGUGGGCAGCGACGACGAGUAUGGCCGGCAGGGCCUGAGCCUCUUCUCCAGCCUGGCCAACGCCCGGGGCAUCUGCAUCGCCCACGAGGGCCUGGUGCCGGCGGCGGGCGCCCACGGCCUGCAGCUGGGCGCCGUGCAGGGGCUGCUGCACCAAGUGAACCAGAGCCGCGUGCAGGUGGUGGUGCUGUUCUCCUCCGCCCGGGCCGCCCGCGCCCUCUUCAGCUUCAGCAUCCGCUUUGGGCUCGCGCCCAAGGUGUGGGUGGCCAGCGAGGCCUGGCUGACCUCGGCCCAGGUCCUGUCCCUGCCCGGCCUGGCCCAGGUGGGCACAGUGCUGGGCUUCCUGCAGCGGGGCGCCCCGAUGCCCGAUUUCCCGUCCUACGUGCAGGCCCGCCUGGCCCUGGCCGCCGACCCCGCCUUCUGCGCCUCACUGGACGCAGGGCAGCCGGACCUGGAGGGACACAUGGCUGGGCCCCGCUGCCCGCAGUGUGACCGCAUCUUGCUGGAGGAUGUGUCUGCCGGCCUCCUGCACCACCGGGCCUUCGCAGCCUACGCGGCCGUGUACAGCGUGGCCCAGGCCCUGCACAACACGCUGCUCUGCGACGCCUUGGGCUGCCCCCCACGGGCACCUGUGCAGCCCUGGCAGCUCCUGGAGAACAUGUACAACAUGAGCUUCCGGGUGCGCGGCCUGCCGCUGCGGUUCGACGCCAACGGGAACGUGGACACGGGCUACGACCUGAAGCUCUGGGUGUGGCGGGACCCGGAGCCCGAGCUGCGCACAGUGGGCGGCUUCGAUGGCCGCCUGCAGCUGCAGCUGCCCCAGAUGCGCUGGCACACACCAGGGAACGUGGUGAGUGCCCGGCCGUGUCCCCACCGCACAGCCGCUCUGGAGCAAGGCCUGCCCCAUGGGAGGAGCAGGGGGCGAGGGGGGUCGUCCCCAGGCUCUGGGGGUGCACCCAGCCCAGCGAGGCCUGAGUCCGAGGACCCUGCUCCAGAGGCCCGUGUCCCAGUGCUCGAGGCAGUGCCAGGAGGGCCAGGUCCGCCGGGUGAAGGGGUUCCACUCCUGCUGCUACGACUGCAUGGACUGCAAGGCCGGCAGCUACCAGCGCAGCCCAGACGACCUCUUCUGCACCCCGUGCGCCCAGGACCAGUGGUCCCCCGACAGGAGCCUGCACUGCUUCCCCCGCAGGCCCAGGUGCCUGGCCUGGGGCGAACCGACCGUGGUGCUGCUGCUCGCGCUGCUGGGCCUGGCGCUGGGCCUGGUGCUGGCGGCCCUGGGGCUUUUCGUCCGGCACCGGGACAGCCCCCUGGUGCAGGCCUCGGGCGGGCCGCGGGCCUGCUUUGGCCUGGCCUGCCUGGGCCUGGUCUGCCUCAGCGUCCUCCUGCUGCCCGGCUGGCCCAGUCCCGCCGGCUGCCUGGCCCAGCAGCCGCUGCUGCACCUCCCACUCACGGGCUGCCUGAGCACCCUCUUCCUGCAGGCGGCCGAGAUCUUUGUGGAGGCGGAGCUGCCGCCCAGCUGGGCAGACCGGCUGCGCGGGCACCUGCAGGGGCCGCGGGCCUGGCUGGCGGUGCUGCUGGCCGUGCUGGUGGAGGCGGCGCUGUGCACCUGGUACCUGGCGGCCUUCCCGCCGGAGGUGGCGAUGGACUGGCAGGUGCUGCCCACGGAGGUGCUGGUGCGCUGCCGGGUGCACUCCUGGGUGGGCUUUGGCCUGGUGCACGCCGCCCCCGGCGUGCUGGCCUCACUCUGCUUCCUAGGCACCUUCCUGGUGCACCGCCAGCCAGGCCGCUACGACGGUGCCCGCAGCCUCGCCUUCGCCAUGCUGGCCUACUUCAUCACCUGGGUCUCCUUUGUGCCCCUCUUCACCAACGUGCACGUGGCCUACCAGCCCGCCGUACAGAUGGGCACCAGCCUCCUCUGCGUCCUGGGCAUCCUGGCCACCUUCCACCUGCCCAAGUGCUACCUGCUGCUGCGGCAGCCGGCGGGCAACCCCCCCGAGUUCUUCCUGGGAGGGGGUCCUGGCAGUGCCAGUGGGCUGGGUGGCAGCAGGGGUGGAGCCCAUGACCCAGCGACCUCACCCCAGUGCACCCAGACCUAGUUACUGCAGAGCAACCUGCAGGCCCACCUCUAGGCCCUGACCCCAGGCUGCCUGCUGCCCGUGACCCAAUGACCCCUGGGCCUGCGCUGGGCCCUGUGAGAUAUCACCAGAGUCAGGCUGUCCUGUCCGUCAAGGCCUGCCCAGUGACCCUGCUGGGAAGACGCCAAUAGAGGGCUCCUCAGGCCCAACCCACACUGGGGACUCCGGGAAGCCCACAGCUGGGCCACCUGCAGGUCAAGCUGGGCAUGACUCACCAGCGGGGCCUGGCCUAGGCGCCCCCCCCCCCCAGCACCCCUCCAACCACCACUGGAGUGGGAGGUGGGCGAGUGGCUACAGCCGCCCUAACCAUGGGCCCCCGUGCAGGACAGAGGCCACUUGGGGCGGGCACCAGCUUCCUUCUCUCUCCCUGUCUUGGCCGGAGCGGGUAGAGUGGGGUCAGCCCACCGCCAGCACCGCGGACAGAGCCUGGCGCGCGGGGGGAGGGGGGAUUCAGGACCAAGGCCAGCGCCCGCCGCCAGGACCCCUGGAGCCAGAAGCCAGCACCACGGACAGAAGACGCCCCGCCAGGACCUUGCCAAACGGCUAGACCAGCCCCACCCCAACCUACCAGGGGAGCUGGCAGGAGAAAAGAGACACAGGCCACGCGCCAGUCCCAUAAAAUUAAAUGCUUUUUAGUGUUUAAAA